CAUGUAGAGCGAGAGACAGCUAGUAGGAAGUGCAGCCCUGUUGCCUCUGCUCUCCACUCAUCUCAUCAAUGCAGCUUUCAUUCUGCCUCAGAGGGCCAAGAUGGAGGCUGUACAAAAGGACCACUGGUACUUCAUGGUACUCCUCAUCUUUCUCUCCAGUCUCAAAGUUUCUGUGCAGCAGAGAAAUGGUGUUACCACGGUGAAGCUGGAGGAGGGGAUGGUUCUAGGGUGUGUGUGUCCAUGGGAAGGGAACCUCAGCAUGGUCUCCUGGACCAAACUGAUCCGGUUUGAGAAGGCCCCUGUAGCCGUGUACCACCCUGAGUACGGAGUGUCCAUCUCCCAGUCCUACCAGACCAGGAUCCAAUUCCUGAAGACCACACCCAUGGACGGCAGUAUCACCAUCAGUAUGGUCACCCAGGAGGAUGCAGGGCUCUACCACUGCUCUGUUCAAACCUUUCCUAAAGGAUCCUGGGCUAGAGACAUAAGGGUGGAGGUGGAGGACACAGUGACUCUAGAGGAGGGUGAUGCAGGUAGUGAAGCAGAUGAAGGAGAAACUGACAUCCACACCAGAGAACCUGAGCCUGAGGUGAUCGAAGCGGACACUGAACUAAUCGCAGAGAGGAGCGACAACCUGACUAUGAGCUGCAACCACGAACACAACGGGACCGUGUAUGAGGUCACUGUCGAGAAGCUAGGCCAUGGUAGCGCCAGUGGCGUGGGCAUCAUGGCGGUGUGUCGGCUGGAGAAUGGAGGUCUGUUUAGAGUAGACUACACCCACAGGGGGAUAGUGAACUGUUCAGAUAGACUGGACACCAGUCUGCAGCUCAAUGACGUGGGCGAGGAAGACGGAGGGUUGUAUAGAUGCCUCUUCAAUACGGACGCUGGGGUACAGACCACCACUGUGCUGCUGACUGUACUUAGCCCAGUUGAAUUCAGCCUGUCUGAGUAUCUAAUCUACAUCUACAUUGGAGGGGGAGUGUCAGGACUCCUACUGCUGCUCUCUAUCAUUGUAAUACUGGUCGUGUGGCAAAGAAAGAAGAAGAGAAGAGAGGAGUACAGAAUCAAACUGCAUCCAGCUGCGAGACGGUCCUGCAACAACUAUGAGAACGUUCCUGUGUAUGACAGGAUGAGGAAUGGGACCAAUCAGAGAGAAGAUAGCCCAGUGUAUGCCAACAUACACACCAUAUGUCCACACACUAAAAGGAAGAGAUAGGGAGCGGUACUGUGUUACAGACCCGUCUGACCUCUAUCAUGCUGUAACAGUGGCACAGCAACAGUCUCCCCAUUUGAACAUUCAUGGAUUUGAUAUUCAACCUCUUAUAGUGGUCAAAGACUGUAGGACAUAAUCAUUCAUAUAACUGCAAAGUAGGCCGGUAAACUAUGUAUCAGUCUGAUUUACACUUUGUUUGCCCUCAAUCUAUGCAUCUCUGUGUAAUCCCUUGAAACAUUGAAGGUUUGUUUAGAUAUACAUUUGCCACUAACAACAUGUAAAACACACAUUUUGUAUAAUAUAUUGUUGAAGGCUUUACAUGCAGAAGUAAUAUAACUACCCUAACAAACUGUAAUUCAAAGCUUUCUAAUCACCGUCCCAGCCCCAUUCAAAUCCUUAGUUGUCCCUAACUCAAUUGUGUGGCAAUGAACAAACCAAUCAUGCUGUACCAUCCCCUGGGAAUGCUGUAUUUUCCUGUUGUAGUUAUGCAGAUUGGGUCCUGUAAGUUCUUAUGGAAUGCUGUAAUGUUAUAUUAUCAUGGAAUUGCACUAAUGUUAAUUCACAAAAUGAUGAUAGUCAAUUGAAACAUACUGUACUAUUGUAUUUUUUUAAAAUAUCUAAGCCAUAGAUCAAAUAUUUCUUCUCUUUCUAGCUGUAGAAUCUAGAUGAAUGCUGUGAUUAGAAAUUCUUCUGACACUGUUGGACAAAAAUGCAAUUCUAUUCCCAGCUGAGAGUAAAAUGGAGGUCUUGGGAAUGAAAGAUGUCUUGGGCUCUCAGCAAGAAGAGGAGGACGCAAAUAAUGAAAGAAUAAUGGACAAUUUACAUUCGGAAUACAGGGUUUUAGUCUUGUUCAUUUAUUAAGCCUACUUGUCUGCGUCGGUACAAUAGGUGCUGAUACUGUGUUUCUCUGUGACUUUAAUGACCCCAUUUGGACUAAAUAAAACCUACUCUACUGUGACAUGAUUUGGUCUCUUCUGGGAGUGUUUGGCCGGGAUUCAAUCAAAGGUGUGUUGUAGACAAGGGCAUUGCACUUUACUUUUAAAGGUCAUUUACGCAUGUGCCGACAUCCGCAACACUUGCCGUGAAUGCGAUCUCCGCGAAUGUCCGGAACAUUAACUUUUAAAGCAAAUUGCAAUGUGCUUCUCUACAAUGCGCUUUGAUUGAAUCCCUGCCAUAGCAACUGCAUUUAGCCCUGUUGCAUGUUGGGUAAAUCUGCACAGAAAUGUAUUGUCAUAAAAAUAAAAAAUAAAAACAUCUUUAUACAUUG